GGAGGAGGGGUUCGGAUUUAAGGUCUCCCUGGCCUGGCACGGGGGUCUCUUGGGGGCGCCCGCGGGUGUCCCGAGUUCCCUUUUGGCUCUGACCGCGAAGUGGGCGGCCGUGGGGAAAGAGUGGGCGGGGGGGGGGGCGGGCAGCUUCUCCAGCGAGCAACUCCUUCUCUUCCGUUGCUGGAGAGCCGCCGCCGUCGUCUUCAGGAACGUUCUCCCUGAGGCCGUGAAGCGUCAACUGGGGCCGGCCUUUCGUUUUAACAGAUUUAACAGAGUUGGAAGGGACCUUAAAGGUCAUCUAGCCCAACCCUCCCCCCACUCAAGCAGGAGAUCCUACGUCAUUUCUGACAGACGUCAGUCCAGCCCCUUUGGAAGUCUCAAGGGAUGACGCGCUCCCACGACUCCCGGAGGCAACUUCUUCUCUUCCAUAUAGGCUGAUGUUCUCACUCUCAGGAAAAUUCCUCCUUGACUAAAAGUUGUUUUUCUCAUCCAAGUCUUCAGCCAUACGUAGAGGGUCAGCUUCCAGAGUGACACCGGUAAGGCCUCUUCUGCCCCGUAUGUUUUUCUGCCCGUUGCCGGUAGGGCAGUUAUAGGGGAGCUUCUUCAAGCAUACCGCUAGAGGUCGGGCUUCGUCCUGGUCCGUCUCCCAAUACUCAUCAGCGGCCGGCUUUACUCAAGUCAGUCAAUCCAAGUCUUGGCUCCCAACACCUUUACUGCAAGUGGAGAACACCUGACCAGAGUAUAUGGGCCCUUCCUCUUAGGUUUCAAGUUCUCUCCUUUCCAGUGUUUCCCCCCCAUACCCCGUCUCCCACUUGAAUAUUAUGAGUAGAGGUGCUCAGAAAUGGUGGACUGAGGGACGCACAGUAUUUUUGGAUUUCUUGUAUUUGCUUGUUUAAUUCUCCCCAAUUUGACUCACCCAUGAGGCCCCUAGUUGACUUUCAGUUAUGUUCAACUUCAGGACCUGGGAUAGGCCAGAGGGUGGCCGGAUUUAGGGCAUUUCUCUGUUUCAGUGUCACUUGAGGAUUUUGAGUGAGGAGAACUUGAUACUUAUAAAUCCUGGAGUUAGUUAUCUAUAAAUUUCCCUUUGUUUCUAAUGCUCCAUGAAUUGCAUGGCUGGUAUGUCUGGUAAUUAGUUGUCCAGAAGUCAAUUUAUUAGCUUCCUCAAUCAGAAGAGCAGUGGCGGCCAGGGUUUUAAGGCAGUGUGGCCAUCCUUUGCUGCUCCAUCAAGUUUAGCUAUGGAUUGUUGCGAACGUCCCUUUUCUUGAGUCAGGAGGUCAAGCACUAAUAUUACUCUUCGAGUCCACAUAUACAAAUUGAAAGGUUUCUCGAGAUUGGGAAGUCCCACAACAGGAGCUUGAGACAAUACUAACUUUAAAAUCUCAAAUGCCUGUUUUUGUUCCUGCAUCCAUUUCAACUGGGUGGGAAAAUCUGGAAGCUUUCAGAUUCAGAUUUUCCCAGAUGUCAACACGACAUCUCUAAUAAAGUGGAACUUGAGGAAAAUUAAGCCUCGAGGUUUUUUUUGUUGGGGGUGUUUUUUGGAUCCCAGACAUUAACCUAAAUCUCCCUUUAAAAAUACUUAUCAGCUACCCCAAACCUUGAGGUGCUGUCCGGGGUCCUGAGCCCCAGCAUCGCAGCGCGAAGACUCAGGGAAGAUGGAGGAAGAGAAGAAGCCCACAGGGGGAGCCGUAGAUGACAGAUUGGGGAUCUAUGUCGAGACCAUCUACUCACCUUCCCAAGCCAUGGUGGAAGCUGCAGAAGCUGCUGAGAAGGAACACCAGCUGGGAGCCAGGCACAAAGAGCACCUUUGGGAUUCUGAAGCAGGAUGAGAUGGCCAAUUAAAUAAAGACGGUGCAUAAGGAAGUUAACUAGGCAACACCCCUUUUGGGAAGGAAAAGAAGAACCACAUCGGAUGAUGAGCAAGGGCGCCCAAGUGGUAACCGUCUCUAUUUUGGCGUGUCUGGCUCAGAUUCCACAGGUGAAACUGCAAGAGAAUUGUACAAACAAUGAUCCCUGUUCCAACACAAACUGGAUCCAUCACUGGUACAUCUGGCUUGUAGUUGGCAUUGGUGGGCUCCUCCUUCUCUGUGCCCUUGUUUCUGUUUGUUUGAGAUGCUGCUGCUUCAAUUGCCACUCAGGAGAAGAUGCUGGUCCUCAGCCAUAUGAGGUUACGGUUAUUGCUUUCGACCAGGACACCACUCUUCAAAGCACCAUCACCUCCUUCCAUUCCAUGUUUGGACCAGCUGCCAGGAGAAUACUCGCAGUAGCCCAUUCCCACAGUGGAGCGCCAGCAGUGCAUCACCCUGCCCGAACAGAGCCGCCGCCCCCAAUCUAUGAGGAAGCCAUACAUGUGAACAGAUUCACAGUGGCUCGAAGUGGAGAAAGAGUCGGAGAUUUGGAGCUGAUGCCAGAGGAGAAACAGAUAAUCGGUCCUAAGAAAGAAGACCAGGAAGCAGCUUCCACAGUCAGAUGAUCAGCAAAUCUUCCAAAGAAACCUUCACAGACAUAUACAGCUAAUUCAAUUGUUUGAGUUUGA